AUGUCCGAAGGCGCGCUGAAGCCCGAGAAGGACUUCUCGAAGGAGACGGACAAGCAGAUCCCGGAGGCUGAGAAGCUCGCGAAGAGCGAUAUUUCAGCUGCCAUCGAGAAGCUUAGUGUGCUGGAGAAGCAGACCCGCCAGUCCUCAGAUCUUGCGUCGACAUCGCGUAUACUCAUCGCCAUUGUUACGAUUGCCAAGGAUGCCGGGGACUGGAGCUUGAUGAACGAGCAGGUCUUGGUUCUCUCCAAGAAGCAUGGCCAGCUCAAGCAAGCUAUCACCAAGAUGGUUCAGGCGGUCAUGGGCUUCCUCGACUCUACACCGAACCUCGAAACGAAGCUCACCGUGAUCGAGACCCUGAGAACGGUGACUGAAGGCAAGAUCUUUGUCGAAGUCGAGCGUGCGCGCGUCACCAAGAUCCUCUCCGACAUCAAGAAGAAGCAGGGCGAUUUGAGAGCGGCGACGGACAUCCUAUGCGAGCUGCAGGUGGAGACCUUCGGUUCCAUGAACCGUCGGGAGAAGACCGAGUUCAUCCUGGCACAAGUUGCUCUCUGCAUCGAGAGCGGCGACUGGACCCAGGCCGGCAUCCUCAGCCGCAAGAUCAGCACCAGAUACCUCUCGCGAAAGCCUAAGAAGACUGCCGAGCAGCUGGAGAAGGAGAAGAAGGAGCGUGAGAAGAAGAAGGCGAGGGGCGAGGAGGUCCCCGAGGAGAAGGAGGAUGAUACGACCGACCUGAAGCUGCGGUACUACGAGCAACAGAUCAUCCUUGCGAAGCACGAUGACAAGUACCUCGACGUCUGUAAACACUACCGCCAGGUCCUUGACACCGAGGCUGUCGAGGAGGACCCUGAGAAGCUUCACCCCGUUCUGCAACGCAUCAUUUACUUCGUGAUCCUCGCUCCCCACGACAACGAGCAGCACGACCUUCUCCACAGAAUCCAAAAAGAUACCAGAGUUAGCCAAGUCUCUGAGGAGGCUGAGCUCCUCAAGCUCUUCACCGUUCACGAGCUCAUGCGCUGGCCCGAGGUCUCCAAGAACUUUGGCCCGCAUCUGUGCGAGACGGACGUUUUCGACGCCCAAGCAGGCCAGUCCGGAGACGAGAAGGCGCACCAGCGCUGGCAGGAUCUCCGCAAGAGGGUGAUUGAGCACAACGUGCGCGUUGUGGCCAAGUACUACACCCGCAUCCAGAUGAAGCGCCUGACACAGCUUCUGGACCUCACCGAGGACGAGACCGAGAAGUACAUCAGCGAGCUCGUCACCUCCAAGACCAUCUACGCCAAGAUCGACCGCCCCGCGCGUAUUGUCAGCUUCGCAAAGCCCAGAGAUGCGGACGAUAUUCUCAACGAGUGGAGCCACAACAUGAAGAGCCUGCUCGGCCACCUGGAGCGUAUCGACCACUUGAUUACCAAGGAGGAGAUGAUGGCCAACAUCCAGCCCAGUGGAAGCUCCAAGUCGAGCAAGGGAAAGGCUACUAAGGCGCAUUAG